GGACUGCCGCCCAGGCCCUUGUUCACGAAAAUCAAUGCUCACUCAGAUUAUCAUAUUAUCUAGAGACUACUAAUAACAAGUUCUCCCCACCACAGAAAAUGAAAGUAGUUCCUAGGUGCAAGGAUCUGAUUUAAAUCCCUUGUAGUUUAUUGCAUCUCGUGCAAGAUGAUGAUGGAGGGAUCCAACUCCAAGGAGAAGGAAGGGGAGGAGUACGUGCUGCACACAGAGCCAUCCUUCGCCAUAUAUAACAGCAGCGAAGAGAAAAUUGAGUUUGGGGCUGAAGAAGAAGAAGAAGAUCGUACGAAGCUGCUGGACAGAUCUGCGGCCGCUGCAGAAGCAGGUGAGUUCAGCUUCGGCAGGCAGCAGGAACAAGUGAUUCAAUCAAGUCCCUAUCACCACAUUAAUUCAGUCACUACUGCUGCUUCUAUUCCUAAUCCUAAUCCUAAUCCUCAGAACCACCUCCAGGGACAGAGAGGGGCUGCAGAAGACGACCACGACGACAACGGAGCUGCUGCUAAAGCCUCCUCCUCCGAUGACUAUUUCUAUCCACAAGCCCAAGAUAGCCAUAGUCUUGCGGCAUACGCCAGUUACCUAUGGAGUUUAGAAGAAGAAGAAGACGACGACGACGACGACGGCGACCAACAACAUCAACAUCAAGAAAGCUUGGCUAAUGCUUCUAAGGUUAACAAUGGGAAUGGGAAUGGUUCUCCGGAAACUCUUCCGUUGGAGACCAACUUGAAACAAGAAUUUAAGAAGUCAUAUUCUAGCCCCAAAAGUAACGAUAAGGAAGAUGAUCAGUACCGGAGGAUGGUCGAGGAAGACCCUUGCAACCCUCUAUUCCUUAGAAAUUAUGCUAAUUAUUUGAAUCAGGUGAAAGGAGACAUUCGCGGGUCAGAGGAAUACUACGCACGCGCUAUAGUAGCCGACCCAAGUGACGGGCAAACGCGCGCUAUAUAUGCCAAUAUGUUGUGGCAGCACCAUGGCAACAAAGAUAGAGCUACUGCCCACUUUGAACAAGCGAUCCAAGCUGCCCCCCAAGAUAGCGAUGUCUGUGCAGCGUACGCAAAAUUUCUUUGGGAAGCUGACGAAGAUUGAUCAGGAGAGUAGCAGUAAUUUUGCUUGCGAUAGCGAUUUCUCCUAUAUAUAUAUAUGUGUGGUGAUAUGCAAUUGAUCCGCAAGUAUCACGUCAUCACCUUAUUCAGAUGUGCCAUUUUGGGUGAAAAUGUACACAUGAUAUUUCAUAUAUAUUAUUGCUCAAUAAUUUCA